ACGUCACAUCCGGUCUGACAUUGAGAACCGAAAACAUGGCGGCAGUGGCAGAAAAACCAACGAAAGAGCGUUUGCUGUCUGUUUUGGAUGAUCUGGAGGUUUUAUCCCGGGAGCUGAUAGAGAUGUUGUCUCUGUCCAGAGCUCAGAAACUACCUCAGCCUGGAGAGGACACACAGAUCCUGGAGCUGCUCGUGCAGAGGGACAGAGAGUUCCAGGAGCUGAUGGGGGUGGCCCAGCAGCAGGGCAAGGUGCACCAGGAGAUGCAGCAGCUGGAGAAGGAGGUGGAGAAGAGAGACAGUGACAUCCAGCAGCUGCAGAAACAGCUGAAGGAGGCUGAACACAUUCUGGCCACUGCUGUUUAUCAGGCAAAAGAGAAGCUGAAAACCAUUGACAAAGCCAGGAAAGGAAGCAUCUCGUCGGAGGAAAUCAUCAAAUACGCUCACAGGAUCAGUGCCAGUAACGCAGUGUGUGCACCGCUCAACUGGCUGCCAGGUGAUCCACGCAGACCUUAUCCCACCGACCUGGAAAUGCGCAGCGGGAUGCUGGGUCACAUGGCCAACCUGCCGUCCAACGGCGUGAACGGACACCUGCCAGGAGAUGCUCUGGCUGCAGGAAGGUUGCCAGGGUCGGGUUGUGGGGGCAGCAGCCUAAACAGAGAGACUUCCCUCUCCACAUGGACCAGCUCAUCCGGAGGAAUCCCAUGGUGUUCCCAGGUCAGCUGAGAGACAUAGUCCCUCCAGGGUGUCCUGGGUCUUCCUCUGGGUCUCCUCCCAGUGGGACGUGAGGCGUCCAGGAGGCAUCCUAACCAGAUGCCUGAGUCACGAUCAAUUGGCUGAUAAUGUCCUUUUGACAAUAUCACAAUCACGUCUUUCUGAUAUUGUUCACCAACUUAAUCUCGUCUGUCUGUUAGCAAAAUAUCUCAUGAACCAUUGGAUCAUGUCAAACAAAUAUCUAGUAACUGACGUUUGAAGUGAACCAGUUUACACAGCUCAUUGUUUGACACUCAAGAUCAAAUGUUUUUCGGCACGUAUUUUGUUCCGCAACUUUUACGCUAUUUCAACAAUUUAUAAAUCAAAACGUCCGGCUCCUUCAGGACAUCCUAUGACUUUUGGUGUUUCAGCUGUUGAUAAUUUUGAAGACGUUUAGCUUUUUUCAGCCACUUUUUUUUUCUCAUUGAAAAUGUAUGGAGCUGUCUUUAACAUCCUUAAAACCCUUCAAAAUGUUCAUAAAUCUUUACUGUACUUUUCAUGCCUCUGCCCCGGAGGAGGCAUACUGUCCUCUGGUUGUCCGUCUGUGCGUUGGCUGUCAGUCACACUUUUGUGUGCUCUGUAACUCCUGAAUGGAGCUAUUUAUUUCAGUCAAAAUUCACAUGAUAAUUGUUCUUGGCCCAGCAGAGGUCUGACAAUAUUUUGGAGUCAAAGCUCAAAGCUGAAGGUCAGGUAAAGUUAUCUCUGUGGCUUGAAUCCUUUUGUUUUGGAGGAUACACAUACGAGGUUGGUCACUGAAUUUAAUGAUAUGGUAAAUAUCAAAGAGGAAGUCAUGUUUAGACAAAUAAUUAAAUACUUCUUAGAAUAUUUAAAUCCAAAAAUAAAGGUCAACAGGUAACUUCAUGCUCAGUACUUUAAACGCAGACGGGUCUAGGGCAGGUGGAGGAUACGUUUCUGCUCUUUUAACUUCUUUGUGCUAAUUUCAGCUUCAUUUGGGUUUUUAUUUUACUGAGUUGUUUUCUGUUUUUCUAUCAUUCUGAACUUUUCUGCUGUAUUUCUGCCAAUUUAAACUUCUGCUGCUUUUGAACUUUUA